AUGAGUAGAGUUGUUGAAGAAAUGGAAGAGAGAUUGCUAAAUGGGUCAGAUGUAGAACAGAGGAGAGACCUGAGAAAAAAGAUUUGGAGCGAAUUAAGGAAAACGUGGAGAAUAGCUUUACCAUCGACUUUGUUCAGAGUGACGUCGUAUGGAUGCAUAGUGGUCGCUCAAGCCUUCACUGGCCACUCCAAAGGCACGGGUCUUGCUGCUUUUGCUCUCCUUCAAGGCACUUUCAUUCGUUUCAUCUACGGUGUUAUGGCAGGUAUGUCAAGUGCGACGGAAACGCUAUGUGGACAAGCCUACGGAGCAAAACAAUAUCACAUGAUGGGGAUAUAUCUACAACGUUCUUGGAUAGUAGACAUCUUCACAGCCACACUCUUUGUUCCUUUCAUCGUCUUCGCUGGUCCUAUUCUUCGUUUACUAGGCCAAGACAUUGAGAUCACCAAUACGGUCGACGAGAUCUACCCUUGGGUCAUUCCAUAUCUAUACAGUAUUGUCUUCACCAUGACGAUGCAAAUGUACCUCCAAGCGCAGAUGAAGAACGCCAUCAUAGGCGUUCUCUCGACCCUGGCCUUGGUCUUGGACAUUGCGGUCACGUGGUGGUGCGUAAGCGUGAUGGGGAUGGGAAUCCAUGGUGCGCUCCUAGGACUUAACAUAAGCUCGUGGUCAGUGGUAGUAGCCGAGUUUGUGUAUGUGUGUGGAGGGUGGUGCCCUCAUACUUGGACCGGCUUUAGCACUGCUGCUUUUGUUGAUCUUGUUCCCAUGCUCAAGUUGUCCAUUUCCUCCGGCUUCAUGCUUUGCUUAGAGUACUGGUAUAUGAGCAUCCUCGUCUUAAUGUCUGGAUAUACAAAGGAUGCGAAUAUUGCAAUUACUGCAUUUUCCAUAUGCCAAUAUGUCUACACAUGGGAGAUGAACAUAUGCUUAGGCUUGUUGGGUGCAGCAUGCGUACGAGUAGCAAACGAAUUGGGAAAAGGAGAUGCAGACGCAGUGAGAUUCUCGAUAAAAGUGGUGCUUGUGGUCUCAGCGGUCAUUGGUGUGAUAUGUGCAGCUCUUUGCUUAGCCUUUGCCAGUCAGGUUUCGUAUUUGUUCUCCGAUAGCCCCCAAGUGUCGGACGCAGUCGCUGAUCUCUCCAUCAUCCUUAGCAUAUCCAUACUCUUAAACAUCAUCCAGCCCAUUCUCUCUGGGGUAGCUAUAGGAGCAGGGAUGCAGAGUAUGGUAGCACUUGUGAACUUAGCAUCUUAUUAUGCAAUUGGUGUUCCUUUAGGUUUCCUCCUUACUAUCAUGUUCCAAUUUGGUAUUAAGGGACUCUGGUCUGGAUUGUUGGCUGGAGUUGGUCUCCAAACGUUGAUAUUGUCUUAUAUUAUUUACAAAACUGACUGGGAAAAUGAGGUGAAGAAGACGAACGAGCGUAUGAAAACGUGGACUCUAACGUUACCUAAUAGAGAAUCGGGCGCUACUAUCUCGACGAGAGACGAAGAGAGGAAGUGA